AUGUGCAAAGGUGUUCUCGAGAAGAUGGCAGCCGCACAGGGUAAGGAGCCCAAAACUGAGGUGAUGACACCGGUUGCAAUCUCUUUUGUUGCACGUAAACUGAAACUGCAUGAUCCGAAGAUGCUGAAUUACCCUCGGUUCCUCGAGACAACUUACCUUCAUGAUUACGGUAAAUUUCAACUACCCAAACAAGUAAGUUCAAAUUGUUACAAGAAUGAUGUUUAA